GUUGAGUGUAGUUUUUUGUCAGGUCCCCCUUGUGAAUUGAUGGCACGUUAUUUUUCCUCGCGGUGGUGGCGUUGAGGAACAGACCGAGGUGUCCCUCCCCUCUUCAAAAGGGACGAGUGCAGCAAAACCAACAACACCGUAUAUAACAUAACAUAAUAGCAUCACACUUCUUCCAAACUGCGUGCCCCGUUAUCAUUUUUUCGUGAGCAGGCGAUGAUACUAUGCCCUAGAUUUUGCCGCCAUUGUGUGUAUCCUACCAUUUUGCAUCAGAUCUAUUGUCUCAGCUUCCUUCCUUCUGAAGAAGACCCUUCUGAAUUUAAGACAUUAAAUCUGUGGUUCCGAUCUGGCGUUUUGGUCCCACGGUCUCAGCAGCGACAUAAUGGCGGUUUCUUACCUCUAUCUUAUAUUCAUCUGAAUUGUUUCAGCCAUGCGUCCAUCUGUUGAUUUUUAGAUUCUAGUGUGAGAAACUGCAGCUUUUUGUGUCUUGUUUGAACUUGCGGAGAGAGGAUCCUGAUUUGAGAAAUUGUGAUGAAGUCUUCUCAGUCUUCUUACCGUGAUCGGACGGCAGAGUUCCAUACAGUUGCAGAGCGGCUGAAGAAGUCGUUCUCUUCGGUUCCUGAUGCACCUGCCAGCAGCAGUUCUUCGAAGGUGGAGGCGUCCAGAUCUGCAGUCUCGAUCCAGUCAGAGUUUAACAAGAGGGCGUCGAAGAUCGGCUUUGGCAUUCAUCAGACAUCUCAGAAGCUUUCAAAGCUCGCCAAAUUGGCAAAGCGAACAUCAGUUUUUGAUGAUCCCACUGUGGAGAUACAAGAGCUGACAGCAGUUAUCAAACAGGAUAUUACUGCUUUAAAUUCCGCUGUUGUGGACCUGCAACUUCUUUGCAAUUCACAAAAUGAAAGUGGGUCUAUCUCCAAGGACACUACCAACCACUCGACUACGGUUGUGGAUAAUUUGAAGAACCGCCUGAUGAGCGCAACAAAAGAGUUUAAGGAGGUUUUAACCAUGAGAACUGAGAACCUGAAGGUUCAUGAAAACAGAAGGCAACUCUUUUCUUCCACUACUGCAAAGGAUUCGGGGAACCCCUUUGUCCGGCAACGCCCUUUGGCAGGAAGGCCUUCUCCUUCCUCAAGUGCUGCUCCCCUUCCUCCAUGGGCAAAUGGCUCAACAUCACCAUCAUCAUCUUCAUCGUCAUCAUCAUCGUUACAACUAUUUCCACGGAGGCAAAGGAAUGGGGAUCCCCCCACACCAACUCAAACAUUUGGACAGCAGCAGCAGCAGCAGCAGCAGCAGCAAAUGCUUCCUUUACAAGAUAGUUAUAUGCAGAGCAGAGCGGAAGCUCUGCAGAAUGUGGAGUCCACCAUUAUGGAGCUGAGCAAUAUCUUCACCCAGUUGGCCACCAUGGUCUCACAGCAAGGCGAGCUAGCUAUCAGGAUUGACGAGAACAUGGAUGAUACAUUGGCUAACGUGGAGGGAGCACAAGGGGCACUACUCAAGUACCUCAAUGGAAUAUCCUCCAACCGGUGGCUUAUGAUCAAGAUAUUCUUUGUAUUAUUAAUUUUUUUGAUGGUUUUCCUAUUCUUUGUGGCAUGAAUGAUUUAAAUUCAUCCCUACUUGAGGAAGUAUUUUGCAUUUCUUUUUUGUGGUUCAUAGUUGCUGCAAUUGUAAUCCCACCUGACAGUCUGACAGUGUGCUGUUGGGGGGGUGGCUUAUUGUAUAUCUCUGGAAUUAGCUACUUGCAAUUGUAACCCCAAUUGACAGUAUGACACAUAGGGUUGGGCGUGCACCUCAUAGUAUAUGUCUUGAAUGUGUCUUUCAUGGA